CGAAAGUAAACGCAUUUUGAUGUAGUUACGAAAUGCUGAGGCGGGGUCUCAGCCGGAAGUUGCGCAGUGCAGGACUUUAUUUCUAUCUGCGGAGGGGAUGGUUGUAUUUCAGAAAGACACGUGUUGGCACUACGGACCUGAGGCCGCCCCUCAAGCCGGGGGACUGGAGGAAAACUAGCGAAAUCAUUAACAAAUAAGCGCGACAAAGCCAUAGCAGACCUUGCAGAAAAGUGAGGUCAGCUGCGCUUUUGAUACAAUUACGCACAAAUUCAGCUGUGAUUAAUCUGUUGGAGCGCAGCCGGGGGUAAGAUACAGUUUACCCGGAGUGCCUCGCUAGGUUCGUGGCUAGCUUGUCUCCCACAGAAAGGUUCAAGCUUUCCCCUCGAUUCUGCAGCAUGGCGGACUACUUGAUUAGCGGACAGACGGGCUAUGUGCCCGAAGAUGGACUUACAGGGCAACAACUCUUCAACUGCGGCGAUGGCCUCACAUACAAUGAUUUCCUGAUUCUUCCAGGCUACAUUGACUUCACAUCUGACCAAGUGGACUUGACGUCUGCCCUGACCAAGCAGAUUACCCUGAAGACACCACUCAUUUCUUCGCCAAUGGACACAGUCUCUGAGUCAGGGAUGGCCAUCGCAAUGGCACUGACUGGUGGCAUUGGGUUCAUCCACCAUAACUGCACACCAGAGUUCCAGGCCAAUGAAGUGAGAAAAGUCAAGAGGUAUGAGCAGGGUUUUAUUACGGACCCUGUGGUGAUGAGCCCCAAUGAGCGUGUGCGGGACGUGUUCCAGGCAAAGGCCCGCCACGGCUUCUGCGGCAUUCCCAUCACAGACAACGGGCAAAUGGGCGGCCGCCUCGUUGGCAUCAUCUCAUCCCGAGAUAUCGACUUCCUGAAAGGGGAGGAACAUGAUUUGCCACUCAGUGAGGUGAUGACAAAGAGGGAGGAUCUUGUUGUAGCUCCUGCUGGAGUGACAUUAAAGGAGGCAAAUGAGAUUCUUCAGAGAAGUAAAAAAGGUAAGCUGCCCAUAGUGAAUGAGGAGGGCUGUUUGGUGGCCAUUAUCGCACGCACAGACCUCAAGAAGAACCGUGACUUCCCAUUGGCCUCCAAAGACUCGCGGAAGCAGCUGCUGUGCGGGGCGGCUAUUGGGACACACGCCGACGACAGAUACAGACUCGACCUGCUCGUGCAGGCCGGCGUGGAUGUCGUCAUCCUUGACUCUUCACAGGGAAACUCUGUCUUCCAGGUCAACAUGAUCAAGUACAUUAAAGAGAAACACCCCAGCCUACAGGUCGUAGGGGGCAAUGUUGUAACGGCAGCCCAGGCGAAGAAUUUGAUCGAUGCAGGCGCUGACGCUCUCAGAGUGGGCAUGGGCAGUGGCUCCAUCUGCAUCACACAGGAAGCUCCACUUUGUAUUCCUCCUGAUAUAAAGCUCCACAGCCCCAAAAGCCCAACCACUGUAACAGGAUACUCCAUGCUAGCAUGUGGUAGACCACAGGCUACAGCCGUGUAUAAAGUGUCUGAAUAUGCGAGGCGUUUUGGCGUGCCUGUCAUCGCUGAUGGAGGCAUCCAGAACGUGGGCCACAUUGCCAAGGCCCUAGCACUCGGGGCGUCCACGGUGAUGAUGGGCUCCUUGUUAGCUGCCACCAGUGAAGCUCCAGGGGAGUAUUUCUUUUCAGACGGCAUCAGGCUGAAGAAGUACAGAGGAAUGGGGUCACUAGAUGCUAUGGACAAGAACUUGGGCUCUCAGACUAGAUACUUCAGUGAGUGUGAUAAGAUUAAAGUAGCUCAGGGAGUAUCGGGGGCGGUUCAGGACAAAGGCUCCGUCCAUAAAUUUGUUCCAUACCUCCAUGCUGGAAUCCAGCACUCCUGUCAGGAUAUAGGAGCCAAGAGCCUCACCCAGCUCAGGGCCAUGAUGUAUUCUGGGGAUUUGAAAUUUGAGAAAAGAACCGUAUCUGCUCAGAUGGAGGGAGGAGUACACAGUCUGCAUAGCUACGAGAAGCGCCUUUUCUAAAGACGAAAACUCCCGGGAACUCCCAAACGACACUGUGUACUUGUGCAUACAUCCAAGAUCACGUACGUCAUCCCACCAUGCAGAUGGUCCCCGACCUGAAGGAUGUACGCAGAUCCACAGACAUGCUUAUGCAGACCCAUGUAGUGGUGCUGCUGUUUCAUAACCUUCACUUCUCUUUUCUGGUCUUCCAAGGCUUUCUGUUAAUAUGGAGAGAAACUGCCUCUGUACAUGAUGCGUGUAUUUGUGUGUCUGCAUGUUGGAAAGCUUGUUUAAGGACAUUUUUGUUUGAAACAAAUUGUAGGAAAUGUUAUCAAUGUUCAAAAAUAUUCGGUAAAAUACAUUUUUUGCACUUAAA